CUAGCCACUCCUAUGGGGAACAAAUUUUCCUACCGUCUAGUGCUCCAAUCUUCAAGAUUUACUCUUUUGGUAUUCCAUAGAAUUUCUUCAGCUUUAGUUACCUUAGAGAGAAAAAAAAGGGAAAAUGGUGGUAGCUGGUGGCGUUGAAGUUUGUGAUGAUUCCAACUAUGACAGAAAAAGAGAACUGAAAGCAUUUGAUGACUCAAAAGCUGGUGUCAAAGGUCUUGUUGAUGCUGGGGUUACCAAGGUUCCUCGGAUGUUCAUCCGACCACCUGAUAACUUGAGAGAUGCUUCAGAUACCAAGAAAAUCCAAUUUAGUAUUCCGGUUAUUGAUCUAGAAGGCAUUGAAAACAAUCCAGUGCGGCGUAAGGAGAUCAUCGACGAAGUCAGACAUGCCUCAGAGACAUGGGGUUUCUUCCAGGUUGUCAAUCAUGGAAUCCCUUCAAGUAUUCUCGAGGAGAUGAAAGAUGGGGUUCACAGAUUUUUUGAGCAGGAUAUUGAGGUAAAGAAAGAAUUCUAUGCACGUGAUCGCGUUAGAAGGUACAGGUAUACUAGCAACUUCGAUUUGUACACAUCUCCAUUUGCGAAUUGGAGAGAUACCUGCUUUUGCGUAAUGGCUCCCGAUCCUCCCAAGCCAGAGGAGUUGCCUGCCGUAUUGAGAGAUAUUCAACUGGAAUACAGGAAGCAAGUCAUCAGAUUAGGAAGUUCUCUGUUUAAAUUGUUGUCUGAAGCUCUUGGACUAAAACCAAGUCACCUCGAGGAGAUGGGAUGUGCUGAGGGACUUUCAGCUCUGUGCCACUAUUAUCCACCGUGCCCUGAGCCUGAACUAACAUUAGGCACAAGCAAGCAUUCCGACAAUGACUUCCUAACGGUGCUUCUACAGGACCAAAUUGGAGGCUUGCAAGUGCUUCAUCAAGAUCAGUGGGUUGAUGUUCCUCCUGUGCCUGGUGCCUUAGUGGUCAAUAUUGGAGAUCUUCUACAGUCAAUUUGCAAGCAGAUGGAUUCAAGAAGUAGAAGUAUAUCGACCAGCAGUCUUUUCAUCUUUUUCAGUCUAUAGUGAUUUUUCUAGAAAACGGCAAGUUUAUUUGGUGAUGGUGAGACAUUGGAGGAGAUAUUUCAGCUAAAAAUCUGCUGUGUCGUUAGCUUUAAGUAAUGGGACACAUAGGAUCUAUCAAUGGUGCUGGCUUGCUGGCCAUGAGUCAUGAUCAACUAAUAGUUAAUGAAAGAGAGAUGGUUGGCACAUUGAAUGGUGUUCUAGAAUUAACCCAAAGAUAUUUCUAAAAUUAACCUACCAAGAACAGAACAGUCCAUUCGACUGCGCAUCAACAAGAUAAGAAAAUAUAGAGAGAGAAGAAUCAGCUUGCAGAUAACUUGGCGAAGGAGGGUGUAAAUAUACAGAGUGACCUCAUUAAUAUCCUUGACAGUGACGAGGAGAGCAUUGAAGGUUAGUGUGAAUCCUGGAAACAGAUUGGAUGUGGGCGAUCUCGGUGAUACGGCCGGAUUCUUUUGCUUCAAUAUUCUUCCAGGGAAAGUCCUUAUCCGUGUUACAUAUUGUUAAUGUCUGGUACUGGGUUUAGUUUUUAUGUACGAUGUGGGAUUCAUUUCUCCUUUUUUAUUUUUCUUAUCUGCUGGUAUGGAUAUUUGGUUGAAUGAUGUACAGAAAAAGAUUAAAAUUGA